AUGUCGACCACAGAGCACCAUCAUCAUCCAGCACAUCUACCACCACACGAACGACACCACCGAACCGUAUCUGAAACGCUCGAGGGUAGAGAUAGCGUCGAUGGCGCCGACUCUGUCUCCUCCUCACGCUCCUCUUCUUCAUCUGAAGAGCAGCCAACUGCGCAGACUACGACAGAAGACACUUCGCACGCUGCACACGACGGAUCGACCAAACCGACCUCUACCAGAUCACCAUACAGGAUCACUGUGAACUGUCGAUCGUCCGAUCCCAUCGCCGACUCUCACACAGUCGAUCCGGAAGACCUGCCUUCUCAUUGGGUCCCGACCGCGCUUUCGCAGGUGACACGCGCAACGUCCACCGCUUUCGGCCAACUCACGUCUCCGCGUCAAAGCACUUCUUCCCGCCCCAACAACAACGAGCAGCAGCAGAAACAAGAAGAGGAAAGGCAGAGUCAAGAAAAGGAGAGUCACAUCCUGGAUCGGCUGACUUUCCAAAAUCCAUGGUCGGAGAGUUUCCGCAAACCUGGAAUCAAGGGCUUACUGGGUGGAGGCCUGAAAUGGGGUUUGCCGGAUAGCUAUAUCGAGGGGUCGGGGAGGGGGAGCAAGAGAGCCAGUGGAUUCAAGUCAGAUUCGAAGAUUCACAGAGAGCGCGAUGAGGCGCAAUGGGAAGAUGCAGAGUUGGGUAAUGAUUGGGAUCAGGUUGAGGUUGUGCAGCCAGACUGGGGCUGGUCGAAAGGAAAGUCGGAAAAGGAGGUGGACGGCCCGAGAAAGGAAGAUAGCGAGAAUCGUGCAAAGCAAGAUUCCGGCGAGAAGGAAGCCGACGCAGGUUACGAUUCGCAAACACAGCCGACCAGAGAUUGGCAAGACCCCAAGAAUCCCGACAAACCAGCGGCCAGAGUCACUUGGCUAGGUCACGCCACAACCCUCCUCCAACUACCACCGCUAUCCUCCCGCCCAAGCGACGAUUCCACCCGACCUCGAUCCAUCAACAUCCUCUUCGAUCCGAUCUUCUCCGAACGCUGCUCACCAUCCCAAUCAGCCGGUCCGCAGCGUUUCACCCCAGCACCGUGCAACGUCGACGACCUGCCACCCAUCGACUUUGUCGUCAUCUCCCACUCGCACUACGACCAUCUCGACUAUCACACCUUCAGACAGCUGCGACACGUGCGUGGCGAUCAGAUUCAUGCGUUUGUACCGCUGGGAGUGAAGGACAAGUUGACGGGUGGUGGGGGGUUUGGAUGGAAGUCGGAGCAGGUUAGCGAGCUGGAUUGGUGGGAUCAUGCACAGGUGUCUGCAGGAGAAGGAGACGCAGGAGAGGUGAAGAUCUGGUGUACGCCUGCUCAGCAUGGGAGUGGAAGGGGAGCAGGUGAUAAAGAUGCUAGUCUAUGGGCUAGUUGGGUGGUCGAGUGGAAGCACGAUGAGCAACGGUUCUGUUCGUUCUUCGCCGGAGAUACGGGUCUGAAGUAUCACCACGACAACCCUCACAAGCGCAGCAAGUACCCGGCAUGUCCCGCUUUCGCCGAGAUCGCAAAACGCUUCCAACCGUUCGACCUGCUCCUGCUCCCUAUCUCGGUCGGCUCGAGCUUGAGCUACUUCAGAUCAUGGGAUCCCUUCCCGCGAGCCUUCUCCCCGUUCCCCAGGGUCAGCAGCACACUCACUUCGAGCAUCCACAUGGAUCCCUACGACGCCGUCGAGUGUCACGGUAUCUUCCACAAGGAGAAAGACGAUCGGGAAAAGGAAGCAGGAAGGAUGGUCAGUCUGGCGGUGCAUUACGGCACGUUUGUGAGGAACGACGAGCAGACAAAGGGCGACGUUAGGCAGUUGAGAAAGGCGUGCAAGAUGCAACGGUUGAAGUUUCGUAGGGUCAGGGAUGGGAUGGGGUUGUUGGAGAAGGAUGCGGCGGAGGAGGAUGUGUUUCUGGUUGCGGAUCAGGGGAGGACGCUUUGGCUGCCGAUUCAGGCGGCUUCUUAG